AUGGCGGAAUCACUUAGUGAAGUUUCUGAGGCUCUGGAUGCCACUGAGGAGGGAAGGAGGAAAUCCAAAUUUAGAGCCCUCGUAAACUUUUUUGAGCGGAAGGGGGGAGUGCACAGCGAAAAACCUGGAGGAUCCAAAGAAGACGCUGGUGCCGAGGCUGAUGACGAGGCCAAUGAUGAAAUCGACGAAAGUCGGAGUCGGAGAACACCAACCUCGUCCAGCAGCUUGCCCAUCACUUCUCUGAAGUCAAGUUCAUCAAGUAAACCACCUGGAAGCAGGCCCAAGGAUACUAAACGGACUAAAACCACAUCCCGUGAAAGUAUCUUCCAUUUGGAGCCUGAAUCUGAAAAAUCAUCAAGUAAAACGAGCUCCUCUCCAGAUAGCCAGAGAAGUGGAUCUCAGCAGAGUUCACGGAGUCUCAUUCGCCAAUCCAGGAUCAGUCCGUAUUUAACAUGUGACGUAUAUGAAGAAGUCGUUCUGCCUGAAGAGUCAAAUGCAAGCAGACAGAAGACUUUGUCCCCCAAGGUCUUGACAGCUAAGAAGAGCUCUUCUGAGGCAUCCUCUGAACCUUGUUGCUCACAAUCUUUGACUACGCUCAGCUCUCCAAGCAGAACUGUGGUGUGUCCUGAUUUCAGCACUCCAGCUACCUCCCAGGGCUGUUUAGACUCUUCAGCUGCGAAACACAAGAUGUCUUUAAACCCCCGGAAACAAAAGAUCACAAGGACUUCUCAAGUGAUCGUGCAACCAAAGAGUGAGGAGACAAGCUUUCCACAGACUCAUGAUGCAGAAAAGAAGAUGACCCAACCAAAAGAAGCUGGCAUUGAAAAAAAGAUGACCCAACCAAAAGAAGGUUUGCCAUGCGAGGAAUGGAGCAACAGAACUGAAAUUUGUGACAAGACCUUACAGAGAAGACAUGGCAAGAGGGGAUCAAUUGUUUUAGGAAUGAAUGAUGAUGGGAUCCAAGGAAGAUGCUUUAAAAGCCUUAGACAAAGUUAUGAGCUUGAAGAUCGACCUGAAUCCCCAUUGGUUGAGAAGAUGUCUAAAGACCGUCCAUUUGGGCACCUGCUCUCUGAGAAGCAAGUUAAGGAAAAACUCCCAGCCCCCAAAGCAGAAACUACUACCCCUCAGAAGUUGCCUUCAGAUAAAAAAGAAACCGAAGUACUCUAUAGCAUCAUAGACCACAAAGGCAAAAAGGCCCUGCCACCACCACGCACACAGGAAGAUGUGAGUGUAUCUGUGGUUGCAGGCCCACCAUCGUACAAUGAAGGUAGAGCUUUUGGAUCUAAGAAGACAGACAUCAAGCGUCCUCCACUAUCAGUAGUACAAAGUCCAUGUGCACCUCAGGAAAUCGUCACCCCCUCGGUGACAGUGGAGAAUAAGGAGCUUCCUCCCUAUCAGAAGCUGUCAGGACAGGAAAUAGCAUCCACCACGUACUCUAAAAGUGCCCAUCUUAAGAUGGAGUCGGCCCAAGAUAUGCCAAACAUCAAAGAAAAGGCAAUCCAGACUAGACCCUGUGUCCUGAAAGCAAGCAUUGUAGAUCCAGUGAGUCUGACGGUCAAGAGAAGAAUUUCUAUUGAGAGGAUGCAGUCCAGCAGCCUUCCUUGUGCUUUGGAGGAGACUGAACCCUGUCAAGUCUCUAAGUCAGAGAAGGAGAGCAAUUCAGAGGAGCACAUGGCCAGUAAACAGUCUUUCCAGUCCUCAGAGAAACCUAGGUAUGAGCAAAAAGUCCUCUCAAAAUCAGAAAGCAUGGCUGUGAAAUCCCACAGUGUGAGGCCACAGAUGGCUCACAGGUACUCUGCACAGGCCUUGGGCAAGCCUGAAGAUGAAAAAGAAGUCUUUGCACAACCAAAAAGUGGUAUUGAGGGAGCAGGUGCUCACCAGAAACAGCAAAUUCCCAGAUGGCUUAGUCUGACACUGAGAGAGCCUGAAAAGAAAAGUAUCAUUUCAAACUCAUAUGGUUAUGUUGAGAAAUACUAUUGUUGUAAGAAUUGGAACAGUUCUGAGGAGGACUUGCCUCUUGGAAAGCCUUUGCAGGCCUUGGAAAAGCCUGAAGAGAAAAUUCUGGAAAAGAACAAGAAUGAUACUGUCGAGCAGCAGCCAUCCAGACCUCCUCUUCAGCCUUUGAUGAAACAGCUUAAUCAGCAAAUCUCCUCACGCCUAAUUAGUUCAUCUACAGAACAAGGUGGUGGUUCCAUGGAGCCCAAGUUUGCUGAAAGGUCCCCUUGCCAGUCAGGGAUGAAUCCUGAAUUCAAGCAUCAAGAUCCCGAGGGCACUGCUGAGCAGGGCAUUUCUACCACCUUACUGCCUUCCAGUGACCUCUCUGGGGACUUUAAGAUGCAUAAACGUAAGCAGUGGGUCUUCCCAGAGAGGAUUAAUGUUGAAGACAUGGUACCUUUGAAGUGCAAGAUUGUCAGACGUCACCCUAAGCCCCCAAGGAGUCUAUUUGAUCAAGAAGUCUUUGUGAGACCCAAAGUCCUUACUGCUGAAGAGAACAUUCCAGAGAAAUCAGAGAAUAUCCAGAGUGCUGAUGUGACUGAUGAGAGAAUUUCAACAAAUCUGAAGCCUCCAAGACGUGUUUUUCAGCUAUUCUUGGCUGCUAAAGCUGAGCCACAAGCCUCUUCAGUAGUUGGAAACAGCACUUCUGAGGAGCAGCAGCCAUCAACUUGUUUUUCCCAGCCCUCGAUGAAUUUGAAAGAGGAGCCCAAAGAAGUCCCAGUUCCAGAGGAUGUUGCUGUGCAAAGGGACACAUCUGUAGUGACACUGCCCAAAUAUUCUUCUAGUACCUUUGCCAAAUGCCAGCAGGUCUUAUUCAAGAGUACCGCUAUGGGAGAUGAUACUUUAAGAGCGCAGCUGCCUCCAGAAGGCUCCUGCCAGCCCAUGAUGAGAUCUCAAGCCCAGCCACAGAUCAAUAGGCGAGAUUCAAUUAGCAUUUCUGCAGAAAAGAGAAGUUUCAUGGAGUCACCUGUGCCUAAACAGUCUUCCCAGUCUUUGGUGAAGCCUAACGUUGAGAAACAAGCCUCUCUAGGUCCAAAGAGUGCUCCUUUGAAGGGGGACAUCUCAGUGAAGAUUACUGAAUGUUAUCCCAAGAGCCUGGUGACACCAACAGUCAAGCAGGGCACCUUUGGUUCAAUGAGCAAUUUGGUUCCUCUCCGAGGUUCUUUGCAGCCACGAGCGAGCCCUAAAUUUGAGCAACAGGUCUCUGCAGGUCCAGCACCUGCUGCUGUUGUUGAGGAGACCUCUAUGAAGCAGCUGCCACCCAGAGAAUCUUUGUCUGUUGUAAAGCAGAAAGCCCAGCAAAGUUCCUCAAGUUUUGAAGGUAUCGCUCUUGAGGGGGGCAUUUAUAAAAGGCCAAUGCCUUCUAGGUAUCCUGCCCCAUUCUUAAUAAAGUCUAAAGCCCAGGAAAAGCCCUCCCAUCUGGGGAUUGAUACUGUGGAAGAAGACAUACCAAAGAAAUCAAUGCUUCCUAAAUAUCCUUCUCAGUCAUUUGUGAAGUUCAUGGUGCAGCAAGUCUUUUCUGUUUCAGACAACCCACCUGUCAAUAAGGGCCUUUAUGCAAGUCCCGUGCCUCUAACUGAUCCUUCCAAAUCUUUGGUGAAGCCUAAAUUCGAGCAGCAAGCUCAAGCCCAACCUGGGAAGCCAAUGCCAAUGAAGAGCUCAUUACAGGCCUUAGGGAAGCCGGAGGACCAAAAAGAAGUUGUUCCACAGAACACUCCAGAAAGGGAGAGCAGCUCUAAAGAGAAAAUCCUUCCCAGACAGCUAUUUAUGGCCUUGGAGAAGCUUGAGCAGGAAAUCACAGUUUCUGAGAACUCUCACAAAAAGCUGAAGAGCUCUGGAGAGAAAUUGCCUCCCACAGGCCAGGCUUUGGAAGAUGCUAAAGAGAAGAAACUGGUUCCUUCACGUUCUAUGAGUGCUCCUGCUGAGAAAAUAAUCCUCAAGAGUGAUCCCGGAAGCUCGCUCUCACCAAGAGGCCCACCGUAUCCAGGCAAAACCCAGAGACAGAGCCAAAGCUCUCAAGACCAGAAUAAGUGCAUCCCACCCUUGGCUCCCAAGCUUGCAAAGUUCACCGGUGCCCCUGCCCCACAAACACCCAUUUCCGGGGCCCCUCCUAUGAAGAAAGAAAGUGUCUGGAAAAGUGAUCAGAUUGAUAGUCAGUUGUUAAGCUCACCUACCGUUGCGGCUGAUAUUGAAAACGUUUUUGGAGUGAAGCUGAGAAGAACCUUUACCUUGCACACAUUCAAAAAUGACAAACAAGAAGACAUCCCUGAGCUUCUAGGCAGCCCCUCGAGCCCCACUCCGUCAUAUAUAGAGGAAGGAGAAGCAGCCAAGAAAGCGGACGUCUCAGAAAGCCUCACCACAAUGUCCAAUGUGCCAAAGAUGGUGCUGGCAUAUGAAGACAUAAUAAAAAAGGAAUCGGCUUGCAAGAUCCCAGCUACAGCUCCUGGCCAACAGUCAGACUCCACCACUUCAGAACCAGUUUGGGUAUCCAUGGCAAAGCGGAGGCAGUGUAUCCCAUUCCAUGAAUUCAACAACUCUACUACUGCCAACAAAUUGAGCACCACAAGGGGAGUUAGAGCCAAGGAUGAGGCUGAAGAGUCUCUAUGGAAGGGAUGUAGCCCUGAAAAUGAAAAUCAACCAAGAACUACUAUGUCCACUGUCUCUAAACAGAUGAUGGCUGUCGAAAGAGUUCCAGCUGAAGAGAAGAUGGCUCCAGUGGCUGCCAUUGGUAAAGAACCCAGAAAAUCCGCAGCUUUUCCAGAAGCUCACAAAGAACCUGUUGAAUCUGAUGAGCCAAUUUGGUUUGCCAUGGCCAAGGAAAAAUCCAAAGCAUGGAGCUACUUAGCAGAUGUGAUGCAAUAA